AUGGAUAACGACGGCAUAAUACGCAAUUACAACACGAAUCACUUCCUUGAACCACUUAGAAAUGUUACAACAGCUGCAGAAGAAGGUAGCGAUGUCGAUAUUUCAUUCACGAGCCUAGUUAAGCAUAUACCUCUCCACCGAACUUCUCGAGAUGAGUUGAAGAGAGUCAAGCCCAUCCGUUACGCCGAUGAUUCUGAAUUGGAAAGAAUCUGUAGCUGGCCCGAAACAUACACAAGAGAACAUCAGAUUGCGGAUCUAUCAUGGCACGACGAGGUAGAAUAUGCGAUGACGGCAGACGACUUCUUCGACCGCGCACCAUCCACCAAUAGUUGCUUGAUAUCUGCAAGUCAAAAGAAGUCUUCAGAUUCUUUGAGUAUUGGCAAUGGCAAAAAACUUGAUACAUUUACUUGUUUUCCGCGUCUCCCUCCAGAAUUGCGCUUGAGAAUUUGGAGAACGAUGGCCUUUGUGCCUCGCGUUAUUGCCUUGCAAGAGCGCUCAGUUCAUAACGCAACACACAAAAGAUCAGUCUGUAUACAAACAACAAACGCUGCUGCCAAAGUACUCCAAAUUCAUCACGAAUCUCGUACGGAAGCUUUAAAAUUCCACAAACCUUCUUUUGGAAUUCGGGUACAUCACUUUAAAACAACAGAUUAUUCCGUUCACGAAACGCCUAUCGUCGAUGAACUCAUCAUUCAUGCAAAUUUUCAAGCAGAUACAAUAUAUUACGACAAAUGGUAUAUUCAAUUUCAAAUUGAACCACCUGUACAAGAACUUCCUAGUUCUCCGUACAUGAGUAGCCAUUUGAGAGAGAUAUCUAAGUCUGCACACAGUGCUGCUUUUAAUAUCAGUCAUCCAACCUCAAGAAAUUGCUUUUCCAUUAUCAACAAAUUGAUUAGGGACUGUACCGCCCUAGAAGAAGUCUUGCUUGUUGUUAGAAUCAAAAAUAUCCCAUCAGAUCGUACAUCCUCUGGGCACUUGGAGUUGAUGGAAUCAAACAAAAAUGAAGCUCAGGUUUGCUACGAGAGAUAUAUUGGGGUGUUCAUCGAGCUGUGUGACGAAGUAGAUAAGUAUCAUCAAAACAUCUAUAAUGGGGCCAGCAAGGCAAACAUAGGACGACCUGGAGGCCCCAGAGUCAGAGCUGUUGGAUUGAUGAGGGACGGUGUACGAAUUUGA